AUGGCUCUUUCUUCUCGGAAAGGUGGCGGUGCUUCGUUUAUCAAGUAUAACCCAUCUUUGCGGUUUAAUUCUGGAGGUAAAGAAAGAACUAUAAAGAUGGUGGAGCUGCCGGUGGAUCCGCUAGAGCCCCCCAAGUUUAAGUACAAGAAACUUCCCCGGCUCUCGGGCUCGCCUCUGGUACGCAUCAUGCACUCACCAGCUCGUCCAGUGACUGUCCAGGAUCAACAAGACUGGAAGAUCGUCCCUUGCAUCUCCAACUGGAAGAAUCCCAAAGGAUACACAAUUGGAUUGGACAAGCGCUUGGCCGCCGAUGGGAGGGGGGUCCAGGAGGUGCAAAUCAAUCACAGGUUUGCCCACCUCUCUGAGGCUCUCCACGGUGCGGAGAAUAAGUCGCGGGAGGCCGUACUGUUGCGGUCACAGAUCCAGAAGGAGAUCCAUCUCAACGAACAGAGUAAAAGAGAGCAGGAGCUUCGAUCGCUCGCUGAAAGAGCGAGAACGGAAAGAAGUCAUAUUGGAUUGAGGGAAGAACAAGAGGAGCGAGAAGACGAGGAAAGGCAAGAGAGGGAUGUGAUUCGUGGCGAGCGGAAGAGGGAACGCGAGCGAGAAGCUUGUUUGAGGAAAUCUUCAAAGAGGAAAAUUGUGAGGGAUUGCGAGAGGGAUAUCUCCGAGAAGGUUGCUCUUGGAUCCAUGGCUAGUGUCACGAAGGGUGGUGAGCUGGUGUAUGAUCAGCGAUUGUUUAACCAGGAGCAAGGCAUGGAUUCUGGCUAUGGCGGCGAUGACAGUGUGUACAAUGUGUAUGACAAGGGGCUCUUCCAUCCAAGCUUGGGUGGCUUGCACAGGCCAAAAAAAGAUGGUAUUAACGAGGAGCUAGGAGGAUUAUCACGGGACAAGCCGGUUGAAUUUGAGAAGGAUUCAUCGGAUCCUUUUGGAUUGAAUGACUUCCUGAGUAAAAUUAAAACUGAGAGGUAAGACGAAAGUUGACGAAGACCAAA